UGACCAAUCAAGGUGCUAGAGUCGUUUCCGGUAUCCAGGAAGUAGACCGCAAACUCGGCUCAGUGCUGGUUCGCUUUAGUCUUUAGCUUUAGCUUUCCUCACAGUGUUGGUGUCGUUUUAGUUUAUACAAACUACAACAUUUGAAUGCAGCAGUCAUGGACUGGAAAGAAGGCAGUGUGUGUCACACUCACAGCCAUGGUAAUGAUGGGCAAAGCAGUCAUGGUACGCAUGAUGUACAUGGUGGCCACUCACAUGGCUUCAUGCCCAGUUUCCAGUUCCUGCAGAGGAGUGAAGCCAUGUUGGACACCACACAGCAGCCAAAGAAAUACACUCACACUGAUGACAGCAGCAGCUGGGACAUCGUCAAAGCCACACAGUUUGGUGCGUUCGAUCGGUGUAAAGAGCUGGUCGAAGCGGGUUAUGAUGUUCGACAGCCUGAUAAAGAAAAUGUCACUUUACUGCACUGGGCAGCCAUUAAUAACAGAGCAGAUCUCAUCAAGUAUUAUAUAUCUAAAGGUGCAGUUGUGGAUCAGUUGGGUGGAGAUUUAAACUCUACACCACUCCACUGGGCCAUAAGGCAGGGUCACUUGCAGAUGGUGAUCCAGCUGAUGCGUUACGGUGCUGAUCCAUCUCUUGUGGAUGGAGAGGGAUACGGUGGCCUCCAUCUCGCUGUGCUUUUCCAGCACAUGCCUAUAGCAGCAUAUCUGAUAGCCAAGGGUCAGGAAGUGGAUGCUCCAGAUGCAAACGGACAGACCUCACUGAUGCUGGCUGCUCAGAAAAUUAUUGGUCCAGAACCGACAAACUUCUUGCUGCGGUGUAACGCAUCAGUGAAUGCAGUAGAUAAGGUGAACAGGAACUCACCACUGCACUGUGCCGUGCUUGCUGGUAAUGUUGAUGCUGCACACAUCCUGCUGGAUUCUGGAGCCAGUGUGGAGCUACAGAACGCCAGUGGUCACACACCAAUAGACUUGGCCCACCAGGUGCACAGUCCUCUGCUGAUACAUAUGCUGAAUGUGGUGAAAAAUGAACGCAAAAAAUCAAACACGCGUUGCUUGAGAUUCUUUACCAAUUACCAGGCCUUUCUGCAGAGUGUCUUCAGUGUGUGUGUGUUGUGGGCUGUGGGAGCCAUACUAGACCUAAGUUCUGAGUCAUGGCUGCUAAAAGGGGUUCUAUUGGCAUGUGUGCUCGCUAUGAUCAACCUCACCUGCAGGCGGGUAGCAAGUGCCACAGUUCAGAGUCUGGUUCCCUCCACCACCCUUAUUGCCUCCAUAUUUUGGAUGCUUGUCACCUGGUGCCUGUGGUUCCUGCCAGAUGGUCCCAGUACUGCAGUGCAGAUGAUGUUUCCCCUGACAGUUUUGGCUCUGCUGUAUUAUUACCUGCGCACCUGCAGAACCGAUCCCGGGGUUAUCAGGGUGACCGAGGAGGAGAAGAAGAAGAAUAUUGUAGUCCUGGCAGAAGCAGGCUGCCUUGACCCCCGGAUUUUCUGCACAUCAUGUAUGAUGAGGAAGCCGAUGAGAGCUCAUCACUGCUUUUCCUGUAGCUCCUGUAUCGCUAAGCAAGAUCAUCACUCUGUCUGGAUCAACGGCUGUAUAGGUGCCAGGAAUCAUCAGUUCUUUGUCCUUUUUCUUAUGACACUAAACCUCCUUUGCGGCUGGAUGCUGUACAGCAGUGUUAUGUACUGGUCGCGGAGGUGUGUUAGCAGGGUUUCAGAUGGGGUAUGGGAAACAAUCAUUGAACUGUUCACCUGCUCACCCUGGAUCACAUAUAUUUGCAUCAUCACCCUGUUCCACACAGCCUGGGCCUCAGUCACCCUCACACAGCAACUUUACCAGAUUGCAUUUCUUGGACUGACGACUGCAGAAAGAGCGAGUUUGCUGCAUGGACAUAGGAAACUCCCUCACGCUUACUCUCUCAGGCAGAACCCAUUCAACCGUGGCAUGCUGAAGAACCUGGUGAACUUCUUCCAACUGCGCGGCUGCGGUUUGUGCAAGCCACUCGUGUUGGACUGGACUCAGGAGUUUCCCAUGAGUUUAAACCGAGACCAUCAAAUGUUUAGCAGCCUAGACGCAGUCUGAGAUCACACAUAUUACUGAGCAUUCAGAUUGAUCAUAUUUGUAUUGUGAUGAAGGCCAGAUAACUUACUGCACACCAGGCACAUUUUACAUAAUCUGCCUUACUCUGUGAUAUAUUUGACCAAAAAUACAUGUCUGUCAGGCAAUAUUUAACUGUACAGUGCCUUGCAUUCAUGCCCCCCUUGAACUUUUCCACAUUUUGUAGUGUUGGAUGUAUUUGUGGUUUUAUAUCAUGAGUCUACAUAAAACAACCCAUAAUACUAAAGUGGCAGGAAGAAUCAAUAUAGUUUACAAUAUUAUUUACAAAGAAAUUCAUAAGAAUUGUGAUUGCAUACAUAUUCAACCCCAUUACUUUGAACCCCCCAAGUGCAAGCAGUUUCCCUCAGAAUUCACAUAAUUACUUAAAUGGCCAUGCUCACUGGGAGGGAGGAAUGACAUUCUCUUUCUCCCCUUUCAGUCAGAGGCCCACUAGAACAGAGGGCCAAUCCUGGGCAUCUGUGAGCUCAUGUAUGCAGAACAGGGCAGAUAGCGCUUUUCUCAGAUUGCUGCAUGAGUGGCAGCUCAAAAAGGUGCAGUGUCUCGGAGGAAGCAUGUGUUAGCCUUUACCCUUACCGGUUGGUAGUUUUCUCAUGAUUGGUUGGAGCUUGUGGGCCAAGAGGAGGCUGUCCACCAAAACACAAAGUUUGGGUAAAGGGAUAAUUCAGAGAAGCACACCAAUGGUAAUGCUCAACAUGAUGCUACCACCAUCAUGCAGUGUGGGGAUGGUUUUUCCAAGGUGUUGAGCAGUGUUGGGUCACCAAAGAGUGAAUACUUAUGCAAUCACAACUUUUAUAUUAUGCCAAAUGUAUUGAUUUUUCCCCCACUUUAAUGUGGUUGGCUAUUUUGUGUAGAUUCAUGACAAAUAAUCCCAGUCAAGUCCAUUUAAGUUCAAGGGUGUCAAAAUACUUAUGCAAGGCACUGUAUAUCACAGUACCUUUUGUCACGUUAUUAACAUAGAUCUAUAAAUGUUCACUCUCAUGCAAUGAACAGAAUUAUGGACUUGCCUGCUCUGUGAAGGACAUGUGCUGUCCUUAAUGUAACUAUCUAGGGAGCACCCAUAGGACCCAUAGCACCCAUAGCCUACUCCCAUAUAAUGUCCACUUUACUUUAUGCAACGUGUUUAACAGUUAUUUGUAUAUGCCCAAUCUAUGUACAUCCAAAGUACACAAAACUGUAUAAGGACAAAUAGGAAGCUUAGAGAUAUAUUAGCAAAUAUAUUAUAUAUUGAUAUAUUUUGUUCUGAAUUAUUUUUUUAAACAUAGUCAUUUUUUGUAAAAUAAGUGGGGAAAAAAAAUAAGUGCGUGCUUUUAUAUUCUGUACUUUUUAUGUGUCAUGGGCAUACAAGUUUCUCCUGAUGAGUUAUAAACUGAGAUUUCUGAAUAAAAUUCCACUUUUGCCUUUUAUUUUUCCUCAUUUUAUAUAGGGUUGUUUCACAACCAGGGAAAUGCAUUAUACUGCAGUGUAUAUUCUUGCAAUAAAAGCAUUUUUGUUGUUUC